AUGUAUUCAUGUGCGAUGAUGUGAGUGUUAAUGGGUGUGAGAUGUGAGUAUAGUGAUAGAGCACGUGUCGAGAUUGGUUGUGAUGUGAUUUUUAAUAAACAUAUGUGUACAAAGAGCGAAUUAUAACAGACUUUUUUAACUCAAUUUAAACGUUGAAAUCCCGUAACAAACAUUUUAAUCAUAUAUUGAUAACGAUCAUCAUGGAAGCUGUUAAACCUUCGCCGAAUGUCAAUCAAUUUAUGGAAACUGUUAAACAUUUGUGGAGCACCAAUCAAUUUAUGACAAAGCUCAAGAAUCCAUUGACUACGGAGUUACAAACGUUUUAUAUGCAAAAAUGUAAAAAUCUCAGCAAUAUAGUAGAAUUACCACAGCAGAACUUUGGACCGUCAGUAAUGUGUUCCCAUUGUGGAUCACUUUGGAGUACUGUGGAUCAUCAAGUUCGGGUAGCACAUGGUAGAAAAAUGUCUAAAUCAAUGAAAAAGAUUGUGCGACGUAUGAAUGAAAAUUCAAAUCAGAAGAUUCCAAAAGUUUGUGUUGCUUUGGCACAAAAAUCUAUCAAAAAUGAGAUGAACAAAUUGGUUAUCAAGUGUUCUGUCUGUUCUAAAAAUACCAUAUUGCCAUUCAAAAAGACAAACCGGCUAAAGCCAGUCAAAUUAGACAAUUCCCAGAUACAGACACCGCAAAGUAACCGUAAAAAGAAAAAGAAGAAAUCUAAGGACAAGACUGCUGGUUUGAAUAUUUCAGGUUGUACACCCGUAUCACGAUUGAAUAAGGAAGAUAACAGUAAAACAUGUAGAAAAUCGCCUUUAACUGUACCUAAAAUAAUAUCAAGUAAUAGUAACAAAAGGUUACCCACUUCAACUAAAAAAUCUAAAAAACUGAAUAUAGAACGUUUAAAACACAUCAUGGAAAAGAGUACAGCAACGCCUACAAAAAGAAAAAGUUUACACAAUUUUCUGGCAGAAUUAUAUUGAAAAUUUAGAUAAUAUAGUAUAAUUUACUUUUAGGACAAAUAUUCAUACAACUGUAUAAAUAUAUGUAAGUAUUAUUAUACACUCUAUUUAAUUGAUGAAUCUUUUGCUUUUAAAACCUGAAUUUGUAAACUUCUAUUUGGAACUUAAAGAUACAGAAAGAAGGAAUAGGCACGAAUAUUUUACACUUCUUUAAUUAAAUCGUCUAUUUGUUGAAAAACAGUUAUAUAAAGACAAGAAAAAUAAAUAUAUAUUUUCAAACACUAAUUAUAAAUUCCAUUGAGAUAAAUAUUUUUUCCAUCAUUGAAGAAACAUUCAAUUAUUGCAAAUCUUUGGUUGUUAACAAGUAGAGUCUCUAGAGAAAUAUAAACACUAUUUCUUCUCGCAAUGUUUCUAUCACGAAUAAAUUAACGCUACGCGAAUUAACAUACAAAUCGCACAUUAUCGUCAUGUUAAAAAAUAAAUAAAUUUUUGCGACAUAAUUAUAUCCACAUCUGCACAUUAUUCAUUUUUUAUGGUCCUAUAUCAAUUUCACUUGUGGUGAAGGGGGCUCUUUCACAUGUAUAGUGUAUACAAAUUAAAAUAAAUACACGCU